AUGUUGACUAAAUUCGCUCGUCCUAUUGUAUUUAGUGGUGUUUCACCAUCACUAAUUGCAUAUCAAUCAUUGUCCACCUCUAAUAUGUUUUUUCAAGGUACUUCAUCAAAAUCAAAUGAUAAAUCAUUAGUUGAAAAGAAAAGUGAUGAAAAAGUUCUACGUGGUGAAGAUUCAUUAAAUGAUUUAUCAUCAAUUAAAUGGAGAACUGAACAUAAUGAAAAACGUUUAUAG